AUCCCAAUCGCAGACCUCUUCGUCUCCGCCUCCUUCCUUAUCUAUUUAUCUCUUCCUCCGCCACAUCUUGCGAUCUCUCCUCCCUCCGCCUCAUUUUCUCUCCCUUUUUCUUUGUCUUCUGCUUCCCGCCGCCUCCUCCUUCCACUCGUCGCCACCUCCAACUCCCACUGCGCUGCGCCCCACCCACCCAAUCAUUCUCUUCUCCUUCAUCUUCUUCUUCUUCUUCUUUUUAAGGCUUUAUCCUUGCCAUGGCUUCGGUUCUUGACGUUUUGGUGGAGAUAUUACGGAAUCCCACGGCGGGGGAUGUCGCUGCAUUCCUCGCCCUCUUUUCCCUCCCACUCUGCACUGCCGUCGUCGCCGGAGUGCUGCUUGGAUGGGCGUGGCGGCCCAGGUGGGCCAUCGGGCUGGUAGGCGCCGAGAGGCAAUCGCUCCAUCUUCCUAUGUCUGAUUUCACGCUCUUACCUGCCUCCAGCUCGUUGGCGGCUCAGGGGGUCGAUACCAGGGCGGAUGAAAAGAUAAUUUGUAGGAGUGAGGAACCGGUAUUGACCGAUGCGGAUAUGGAGCACCUGUUCCGGUUGGUGGAGGAGACGGAUGGGGGGCCGGCGUGGCAGAAGAUGAUGGACAAGUCCUUGCCUAACAUGGCCUAUCAAGCUUGGAAAAGAGAGCCUGAGACUGGACCCCCUCAGUAUCGUAGUAGCACUAUAUACGAGGACACAAAACCAGAAACAUUGAAGGAGUUCUUUUGGGAUGAUGAUUUCCGGAUCAAGAAUGGUUGGGAUGAUAUGCUCCUCCAACAUACCACACUGAAGGAGUGCAUGACCACAGGGACAAUGGUGGUUCAAUGGGUUCGAAAGUUUCCUUUCUUCUGCAGCAACAGGGAGUAUAUUAUUGGUCGCCGCAUAUGGGAGUCAGGACGAACUUUCUAUUGUGUAACAAAGGGAGUGCCAUGCUCAGAUGUACCUAGGCGAAACAAACCAAGACGUGUUGACUUGUAUUAUUCGAGCUGGUGCAUUCGUGCAGUUGAGUCAAAAAAAGAUGGCAGUAUGACUGCUUGUGAGAUUCUUUUGUUUCAUCAUGAGGACAUGGGCAUCCCAUGGGAGAUCGCGAAGCUAGGUGUUCGUCAAGGAAUGUGGGGCUGUGUCAAGAAGAUAGAACCUGGCCUUCGAGCCUACCAAGCCUCCAGGAGGUCCAAUGAGCCAUUGUCCCAUUUUGCUUUGAUGUCACAAAUCAACACCAAGUUUGAUGCUGAUCAAUUGAGAUCACUUGAGACCGGCACCAAUUCAUCAGCUGAUAUUGUGGAGGCAGAGAAGCCAAAGGGCUGGACUAGUAACAUACCUAGGUUUCUUAUAGUUGUUGGUGCUGUUGCCGUUGCCUGUAGCGUUGACCAUGGUCUGUUAACCAAGGCUGUCAUUUUCGGUGUUGCAAGAAGGUUUGCAGGGAUCGGCGGUAGAAGAUUGUGAUCCUUCUGAAUAAAGGACCAUAAAUGAAUGCAUCCAGGCAUUCCUAAGUAUCAACCGCAUUGGACCUUUUAUUUUUCCCCUCUUCUACCCUUCUCAUGUGAGAGGGUUGAGAAGAGUGUGCACUAGUUCUUAUAAUUUUUCUCACUUGUCUUAACUAAUAUCAUCAUGGUGUAUAUAUCCUUUGUUUCUUUUAUCUUGCAUUCACAUAUCUCUCUUAGAUUAGUCUCAGAUUUUGGGGACAGAAUUGGAUUGGUUGUACAUGGUAGAAAAAUAAAGUUGUUGAGGCCACGAAGUUUUGAUUUGA